AUGCGUUUUAUUUCACUUGCCACUGUUCUAAGUGCUGCGCUGCUUCCAGCAGCCAAUGCUCGUCCUGCGUGUCGUCCUGAUAAGCCGACUACGUCCGAAGCAUCUACCACGGCUGUCAGUGUUGAAACUUUUAUCACCGACACGGCUACUACCUUGGAAGCUUCCACGACCUACGAGACUACUAGUGCUGUGGAGACUACUGCGUUGGAUACAACCAUCGAAAUAUCCGAAACGAUAACUUCAGACUCCACCGCUUUGGUCCCAACCGAUACUACGAUUUCAGAAAUUGCGACUACCACGGCCGACGCUACUUCUACUGAAGUCACAACCACUGUCGCCGAGACUACUUCUGCUGGAAUCGCAACUACUACAGCCGAGACUACCGCUGCCGAGACCACCAGUGCUGCUGAUACUACCACGGCAGAGACUACCACUUCUGUCGAGAUUGUAACUACCACCACCGAAGCUGCCACGACCACGACCGCUGCAGCCGCUGGUCCCACCAACUUUGUCAAAAACAGUGGCUUCGAACAGGAUCCAAACACCGCCUGGGCUUUGCAAAGCAGCUCAAUCAAGAACAGCCCAGGAUUCCCACACACCGGUAAUCAGUACCUUGAAUUCACUGUCGACAACGACUUUGCCCUCGGACAGCAACAGGCCACCCAGACCGUCAGCGGACUCGACACCGGCCGUCAACACCAUUUGACCCUAUAUGCUACUAUCUUUAGCACCCCACAGCCCGUCGCUAAUGCUGCUACCAUCUGCUUCAUUCAGGCACAGCAGGGAAAUGCACUGAUUACCCAGUGGCGAUUGGACUUUAACAACCUGAAUUCGUACCAGCCUUUCGGUAUUGACUUUACGCCACUAGGCAGUGACAUUUCACUCAGCUUGAAACUUCGCUGUACUAACGGCCAGAGGGUUACUCUUGCUCUCGGCAUUGAUGAUGUUACUAUCGAGCUUAGUAACUAG